CUCAACUCUUUGUAUAUAAUGAUACGGUUUUUCAAAAUAGUUUCAAACUCAGUUUAGCUCCCCACUUGUUCACUAACUUCAAUCCCAGUAAAAAUCUGUUCAACAUGAAGUUCGUUGCAACAAUUGUUAUCAUGGUGAUUGCUGCUGUCGCUGAAGCUUCGCACAUCCCAUCGAUUCAUGCUCAUCAUGGAUUCAACUAUGCUGCCGCUCCAGUGAUAACUUACGCUGCUCAUCACGGUCCAACUGUCGUCCGGUCGAAUGCUCACCACGCUUGGGUUCAUCAUGGAUACCCACAGGUGGCAGCUUACAAGUCAUAUGCUCACCAUGUUCCAGCUGCAGUUACUGCCUACGGAGGUCAUUGGGAUCACCAUCAUGUCCCAGCUUCGGUAGCUGUUCCGGUGCACCACUCCGCUACAUAUGUCGCUGCCAAUCCCGGAGCUGUGCACAAAGCUCCCCUUGCCGGGCAUCUCGUCAAUCAGAAAUCCCUGAACCUGGCAUCAGCUUCCGGUACUUGGUAAUUUCAAAUUCAGAGAAUCUAAUAAAAUUGCAUAACGAUAAAUCAUAAUAAUAAAAAUAAUUGUAUGAAUAAU